AUGGAGUUUCCCCCGAUCUACGACUGGUUCCUUGAGCCUGUCCUUGCUGAAGACGAUAGAAUUUCAGAUGAAGAUCGAGAGAAUGUCUCGACGACAGCAAAGAAACAAAACACAUAUUUUACAGUGUGGGGCACGCGGGAAGCGGCGGCGGAAUCGAACGCCGCUGGUGUUCCUGCACCGCCUCUGGAUGCAUCGUUGCUGUGGCAAACUUCGGCUGUAGUGGACGUGCAGACAGACGGGCGCGAAUAUACAGUCAUCGAGACCGAGUCUGGUUCUCGGUACCGUCUCUGCGGCCGGAUGCGUGCGGCGCACAUGGUCACUGCCGGGUGGCCUGUUGCGACCGUCCGCGCCUUUCAAAGCGUAAAUGAUGGGAAAGGGACAGCGUUUCCGAAAAACUGGCGUGAGAUUUUGAUCGAAGGCUAUCGUUCCUGGCGGGAGGUACGGAAUCAAGUCGACUUGGAAAGCCGGCGGGCAGCGAGGCCGCAUGCGACGCGAACGCGUUCGCACCAGCGCGGCCCACUGCUCGUAGUGGAUGAGGAGCUCACCGGCGAGACCCCAGCCACGAAGCAGAACCCGUCGGACUGGCCCGUGGCCAGCAAUACCGCAGAGCAGAUGCGCAAGAUACCGCAAUCGAUCUCUCGCGAAGCGCGGCGACUGUUAGAGCAGCUUGUUCGCGUCCGUUUCCACCACCCCGACCUCAUCCUGGGUGCGAGCGGAACGAGAAGCCGAACAGGGUCUCUGCAAACUGCCUCAGCUAUAGUUGGGUCUGAGGUUGCGACCCUACCGCUCCGCUCGCCGACAAGACGGAAAAGGGGGCGUCCGCGCAAACAACCCGUUGAUAGUUCAAACAGCGCGGAAGCGAGCAACAGCAAAAGCUGCGAAAAAGGCACCCGCAGCGAAUUCGAGAACAUGGUUGCCUCCUCGCAUCGAGUGGCUCAUGCUGCAUCCGCCAACAAGCGGAAAACGUCGUCGCGGGACCCGAAUAGAGCAAGCGCUUCCCAGUGCGGGCAACGCGCUACAGAGGAUCCAUUCUCUGGUGACGCUGCGGCUGCGUCUGUGAUGAUGCCACUGCAUGAUCGCAUGACCCCGGCAACACGCGAGCACUUCCAAAGCAGUUUAGAUCCAGCAUCAGGAAAGAUCAAGAUGAUGCCUGCAUCCAGUUCACCAUCAGCGAGCCGAACUUCAGGCGCUUCUCAGAAUAAGCGUCGUCCCAGAAGGGGAGCGGAGCAAGCCCCAAGCGCGAGCGAAACAACGACAGGCACAGAACAACGCGGACGGCAAAAGAUUCAACGCAAGUCCGCAGAACCUUUGUCGCCGGGCGCCUCUGGAGAAGAAUCUAUCAACACCACAUGCACGGAGAGCGUCAGCACAGUCGGUGAGCUGAAAUCUGAAUCCAAGGAUGCAGCUACAGCAUCGACGGCACUGCACACCCACAAGCGGCACUCGAAACGAGUCCGCUUUGAGAUGCAUCCCAUGCCCACCAAACCAACACGCAAACGUGCUUCUAAAUCGGAUGCGGCCAACGCGGUACCCGCCGCACCUGCGCUCGAGAAAGCUUUGGCAACUUUGCGCCAAACUAGCAGCGGCCGAGGAGAAAUGAGCACCAAACGUCAGCGAGCCGCCCUCCGGCUCGUUUCCGAUGCGGCAACCAUGCUCUAUGCAGGAGACAGCAUUUUUGUGCAGGACGAAAAUAGACCGCGAGCACUGGAGGCUCCCCAGAGCGCCUCAGAUGAUUCGCCUCGUCCAUCCCGAGCCGGCCGACUCCCCAAGGCGGCCUGGUCUAAAAAAGGGAAACCAUCCACACACGAUGCUUAUCUAGAGCAAUUACAGCGCCGCCGUGCCGCAUCGAAGACGAAGAAUACUGAAAGCCGCGAAUCCAGAGGAAAAGUAACCUCAUCGCCGAAAUCCCACGUGCCAGCACAAACCGCGCUCGAUCGUUGGAUGCACCGCGUCAAUGACCUGGACGCACACGCAGCGUGCGAUACAGACUUCAUGGCGUCUGACGCGGACGACUGCUUGGACUCUGCAGAGUUCUAG